UGCCCAGUGAGAACGCGUUUUCAACGGGUGUCAGAUUUGGUUUAUUGUUAGAGUUUGGCAGAGAAGAGCCUUAUGAAACAUAAUUAAAACAGUAAAACGCAUGUACACUGCUUACUACAUUUUCAUAUUCACUUCUCGUUGGCGUUGAUCUAGACUAGGUUUUCACGAGCAGGAAAAUACCACGAAGCAAUCACAGCAUUUUGCUGCCGACUUCUUGACCAAUAGGAAUGCUAAUAAAGCAGUGACGGAUCACGUGUGCGCGUUGAAUACGAAUCUUCUAUUAUCGGCAUGCCUCACAUGGCGCGAUCAUGGACUUGGCGAGAGUGGAACUUCAGUCCACCACACCGUAAGUGUGUGAAUCUUAAAAUUGACAAUCAAUUCAGUUUGGCAAAUCCGAGCCUAAAUAAUCAGUGUGACUAUGAAUCCAAGACAUCUCAGCCACCUAGUUGGCUUCAACACCAACGGUCCACACAAUUCCAAGAUUUUCCUGAUUUUACUGGAAUUGAUUGGAAGGUAUCAAAGCCACGGGAAAAUUUCAAACUUACUCUACUAGCGAAACCACAUGUGAAGAAUAAAAAGGAAUGUCCUUGUGAUCCUAGAAAAGAUUUUAAUCUGUUGCAAAAUAUGCCUAACAAAAAGGACUCAUCAUUGUCUAUAAAAAAAGGUGUGCCUGCUAAUGGUACAUUUAUCGAUAUAUUCACUGGCUGUUAUUAUUUUGUCAUGACAAAUAGAGAAGAAAAAAGUUGGUUGUGGGGUCCAUAUUUUUACAAUACCACGUAUCCUGUCCAUGAUCCAACCGUGGGAUGUCAGUUUGAAAAUGUUUCAAAUGCGGUUAUUGAAACGAGUCGAAUAUUACCCUUUAACUUGAUCAUACCAACAACUUGUAUCGAAAUGAAUCUCAAGUUGUGGGAAAUUGAUGAAGAAAAGUUUAAAAAAGCGAGUGAUUUUAGUGUGACCACAUCACCGGCAUCGCAGAUCUGCCACGUGAGCAUGGUGGCAAAUUUGACUUUUGGAUGCGAGUACAAUCACACAAACCUUAACCUUUCGUGGCCAAUGGAAUAUCAGAAUCUAACAAAAGGUGCCUGGCGCGUUAAGGUCGUAUGGGAAGGACUGAAAGAAGGUGACGUUUGUUACUUUUUGGAAUUGUCACAAACGUACAAGCGGAGUAUACCAGGAUGUAGUAAUUUACUGUUUAACCCGACACAAUGGAAAAAUUAUGCCACGAUUGGGAGGCUCGACCUACCUUGUUAUAAGAAGCUUAAAGAACCUGGAGCUGGCUGGAAUCUUGAUGAGCUUAGAUUAAUUGCAGUUGCUGUUCUCUUAGCAGCAACAUUGCUCUUUUGGAUCUUGAAAUUAUUCAGAAUCCGAUGUGGAAGAAGCCAUAUGGGAAAUGUUGUACCCUUCAACACGAUAAAUCCAUUACUGAACAAAGAAAAAGCCCAACAGAAUUUUAAUAAUUUACAGGUUUAAUUUUCGUUGAUGGAAGAAAUGAGAUCUUUCAGAGAUAAGUUAAAGGAAAGGUGCGGUUGGCCGGAAGGCGUGAAGUAAGCAUAUGACGAAGCAUAACCGGCAUGACUCUUGCAAUAUGUGACGUAACAUCCAGAAAUAUAAAUAUAUAACGUUUAAACAGUAACGUACGGAUGAUGUAAAUGUUCCGGAAAUUUAUGUUCAUCAAAGAUCAAAGAGCAAAUCUGCAUUCAUCCUUCGGUUGAGUAAUGUCAACUGUACAUUUCCUUUCAAGUACUUCUUUACCAAGAAUACCUUUUGUACUUAUUGUUAGUGAAUGUUGAAGUUUCCUGGACUCCUGGAAGUCAAUUAAGUAUAUAAAUCAUUGCUUUCACCAACAUCAAAGGUUUUCCAAUUUGUACUUAUCGAAAUGCGUUUUAAUUUUCGGACAUUUCAAUAUUUGUUUUGAACUUUCGGAAUACAAUUGCACCUGAGUUUACUAGGAUCAUAAAAAUUCGUAUCUAAUUUUGUCGCUUGAAAUUAUUUUUAUUAUAACUAUUAUACUAAUAUGAAGUUUGUACAUAUCAUAAGUAUCGCUGCCAAAUGUUUAUACUUUACUGAAUGUAAUCAGAAUCCAGUGAUUAACUACUUUAUUGUGUUCCAUCAAUAUUUCUUGAAAAAUGAUUUACCGUAAGAUUAUGGUGGGGUGCCCUAGUCGAUUUCGAUGUUCACGUACAUUCUCCAAGAAUUGAAGUCUACAUAUAUAAAAUGCGAAAAAGGGCUAAACAGCCUCAUUCUAUGUGCAAUUCUCAGCAAAACCACUCCAAUAUGUUUCAACUUCACACAAAAACAAAAAAAUUGCAUGAUUUCUACGAAUUUGCAAAUGUACGAUCAGCUGUGCUUACGGCUGAGCGUUCGAGAACAUGUGAGAAAAUUUUUUACCUAAAACAAUAUUGUAAUUCCUAGUUUUCGUUCAGCGACGUCAAUAUUGCAUGAAAACUGUCUCACGAUAGUUCAUUUUACUCGUCAUUCUUUUCGGAAUUGCGGCAGGUAUCUCAAUCAUGCACUUUUUGGUCACUAAAAUGCGGGAAAUGUGGAAAUAGUAACACGUGUCAAAACACCACACGUUUCUUCGAAGCUUUUCGUUAUAUGAGCAUGAUUAACUUUUCUGAAUUCCGCUGCGAAAGAGCGAUGCAACGUCAAAAUUUGAACCCUUUCCGUUCA